AUGUCGCCCAAUAGAAAAGAGGAGCUCCUCCUCGCGCUCCCCGCGGUAUGCCAAUACAUCACUGACGCCAUCCACGGCGGCGGCAUCGUUCUCGUGCACAGCGAGGCGGAGUCGAAGGCCUGCACGGCGGUUUGCGCAUACCUUAUGACCGCGCAAGGUCUCUCCGCCCAGGCUGCCCGCGACAAGAUUGAAAAAGAUAUGCCGCUGUUCAACGCCACCAGCACGUUCCGGCGCAACCUCGACCUCUUUGAGGCGUGUGGGCACAAGCCACAUUUAGAGCACCCCGCCGUGCAGCAAUGGCUAUAUGGCGGCACGGCCACGCCGCCGAAUAUGCUCGUCGACAUGAACCCUAACCUCACGGCAGCAGCGCUUCUUGGUGCUUUCAACCACGCCCAACGGGCGAGGAACGAAAGUGCUAUGCUCGCUGUUGCUUCUGCAUCCCAGGGCAGCGGGAAUAGCAGGGUCCCGGAGAACGUACCUCCAGCAGCAGAUACGAGGCGGCGCAAACGUCCGGAGAGGUCGUGCUCGCCGAAAAGACCGACGGUCAUUAGUGUUGCAGACGAGGCGAAGCUGCGUGCGACAGCGGCGCGUCUGCUGGGUGACACGUCGUUGGACAUGCCGACCUUCGGCCAGGCGCUUGGGGCCUUGACGCUAAACGCGGGUGCAAGGGCAAAGACCAACGAGGGAUUACCGGAACCGCACGCUGUUGUGGUAGAUAGUAGUUGA